AUGGUAAAUGACCGAUGGGGAAUCAUGAACAGCUCUUCUGAACUCGAAGAUGGGACUCGGCAUAAAAACCAGACGUUCUGUGAGUGUGUGCCCAGCUCCUCCCAGCUCAAACACCGCUGGUCAGACUCAGAAACCGCCAGGGAGACGCCAGCCAAGAGAAUGAGCUGCAGCUACCUGCUUUGCACUAUCCUGCUCUUCGUGGCCGUGUUGCUAGCCGUCACUGUAACUGGCACCAUCCUUUUUAUGAAUCACUACCAGGCCCCGCCCAUGUCCGAUGGCCUACCCCACAUCUCCACCAAUCAGGAUGAAGCCAACGCCCUGGUCACUGUCGAGAGAGGCGACGGUUCUCGUAUCAACAUCUUCAUCGACCCCAACUGCCCUGACUACAACAGUAACUUUUUGCGCCUGGAGGGUGUGCAGACGUCGCUGCUCCACUCGCUAACCGACCACGACUCUGACCUGAAGUCAGUGAAAGGCCAGGAUCGGGCUCUUCUCGUCAGCCUGGCCGAGGAGGUGGCCAAGCUGUCGGCCCACGCGGGACAACUGAAAAUGGACUAUGAGUCCUUACGCAGGGGGCAGGGUAGCCUGGGGCAAGACCUUAACACGCUGCAGACGGAGCAGGGACGCCUCAUACAGCUGCUGUCAGACAGCCAGAUCAACAUGGUCAAGGUAGUGAACUCAGUGAGUGAUGCUCUUAACGCCAUGCAGAAGGAGAACGUGGGCCUGAAGGCGCGUGUCAAGGCUGACUUGCAGAGGGCACCAGUCAGAGGGGCCCGGCUCAAGGGCUGCUCCAACGGCUCGCGUCCCCGUGACUGCGGUGAUCUGUACGCCAGCGGUCAGCGAGAGGAUGGCAUCUACUCCGUGUUCCCCGUUCACCACCCCGCAGGCUUCCAGGUCUACUGUGACAUGACCACAGACGGAGGAGGCUGGACGGUGAUCCAGCGCCGGGAGGAUGGCUCGGUCAACUUCUUCCGAGGAUGGGAGUCCUAUCGGGAGGGAUUCGGCAAGAUCACCGGCGAACACUGGCUCGGGCUGAAGCAGAUCCAUGCGCUGUCCAUCCAGGGGAACUAUGAGCUACGGAUCGACUUGGAGGACUUUGAAAAUAGCACCGCGUAUGCCCAGUAUGGUACCUUUGGAGUAGGCCUCUUCUCAGUGGAUCCCGAUGAUGAUGGAUACCCUUUGACUGUGGGAGACUAUUCUGGAAAUGCAGGUGACUCUCUGCUCAAGCACAACGGGAUGAAGUUCACCACCAAAGACAGGGACAACGACCACUCGGAGAACAACUGCGCCUCCUUCUACCACGGUGCCUGGUGGUACCGCAACUGCCACACCUCCAACCUUAACGGCCAGUACCUGCGCGGUCAGCACACCUCCUACGCCGACGGCAUCGAGUGGUCCUCCUGGACCGGCUGGCAGUACUCCCUCAAGUUCUCCGAGAUGAAGAUACGACCCACCCGCGAUCCAGAGAAUAAAUGA